ACCCUCUGUUCUGUGACUCCAGUUAACAAAUCAGUGAUGCUCCAUAACUAAAUCUAAAGGGUGAAAGACUAAAAUAAAGCUAUAACUUAAAAAAAACACAAACCUGUUAAUGCCCAGUGAUGCUUUAUCUGAAAGCAAGAGACUGCCUUGCCUCUCUUACCAUUUCAGUGAUCACGAAGCACCUCCUGCCUACCUAACGAUCUCCUAAUUGUUGAUUUUGUUUUAAGAUAAAGCUGUUUUUUCCCCUUAGGAACUUGACUUACAUAUUGAAUAUGGUACCAGGAACUGCCAGCAAUUGUAUUUUUGUCUGAAUUUAGGAUGUGGACAUUGCAGAGUUCUUAGCUAGUGCAGUGAUGGACUGCCCAAACAAGGAAGCAAAGCUUAUUUAGAAACACUGUAGCUUGCAGGGAAGUGUAGUGUGACAGCUCAAGUUAUUGAGACACCCUGCCCAAAGCACCCUUUGUUUCUGAAGCAUCUCCAUUGCAACUUUGUUGUCAAAACACAAGAAUUUAUUCUGAAUCAGGAGAAUUUUUGUGGGCCGUCUCAUACCACAGAGGAUCUUUAACUGCAUAUGGUGCACAUCCCAGCAAGAAAUGCUGCAGUAAAUGAUCAAAUGGUGACAGCGCUGUCUAUGUUGUUGGAGUUCAAACUUGGAAAAUGUGAUAUUGUUUCCUGGAUCAGGUAACAACAAACCCUGGCUGGGCCUCAGCGGUUUGGCAGCUGCUGCUGCUCCUACUCAUCAGACAAAAAAUGCAAAAAAGUCACUUGACAGAAUUCUUUGCUUCUGCAAACUUUGGCUCCAGCUCUAGAGCAAACUACUAGCUCAGGAAAAGAAGCUUUAUUCAUCAUGGACGGCCUGAGCCUCUGGAUCUUCACCUGGGCAUGUUCCUUCCUACCCUCCUCACCCAGGCAACCCAGGAACAACAGGAUCGCUUCUUCAUGCCGGCCUGGAACCUGGAGAUCAUAGGCACUUAUGCACAGACCGAGAUGGGCCAUGGAACUCAUCUCCGAGGCCUGGAGACCACUGCCACCUAUGACCCAGCUACCCAGGAAUUCAUUCUCAACAGCCCCACUGUGACUUCCAUUAAGUGGUGGCCUGGUGGACUCGGAAAGACCUCAAACCAUGCCAUAGUCCUGGCUCAGCUCUACACUCAGGGGCAAUGCAAAGGGUUGCAUGCCUUCAUUGUACCCAUUCGGCAAUUGGGCACCCACGAGCCCUUGCCAGGUAUUACUGUGGGUGACAUCGGACCAAAGUUUGGUUAUGAUGAAAUGGAUAAUGGCUACUUAAAAAUGGAUAACUUCCGUAUCCCCCGGGAAAACAUGCUCAUGAAGUAUGCCAAGGUUGAACCAGAUGGUACAUAUGUGAAACCCCUCAAUGACAAGCUGACUUAUGGGACAAUGGUAUUCAUCCGAUCCAUCAUCGUGGGUGACUCUGCUCGCUCCCUGUCCAGGGCUUGCACCAUUGCUAUUCGCUACAGUGCAGUAAGGCACCAGUCUGAGCUGAAGCCAGGGGAGCCAGAGCCCCAGAUCUUGGAUUAUCAGACUCAACAAUACAAACUCUUUCCUCUCCUGGCAACUGCAUAUGCCUUUCAUUUUGUUGGAGCUUACAUGAAAGAAACUUAUCUUCGCAUUACAGGAGACAUCAGUGAGGGAGACCUGAGCCAGCUGCCAGAGCUCCAUGCACUGACUGCAGGGCUGAAGGCAUUCACUUCAUGGAUAGCCAAUGCUGGCAUUGAGGAAUGUCGAAUGGCAUGUGGUGGGCAUGGCUACUCUCGUUGCAGCGGCCUUCCUGAUAUCUAUGUCACUUUCACUCCAUCCUGUACGUACGAAGGAGAAAACACUGUCAUGAUGCUGCAGACAGCUAGGUUCCUGGUUAAAUGUUAUGCUCAGGUUAGUUCGGGCCAGUUGGUUAGUGGAAUGGUAUCCUACCUUAAUGACCUCUCAGGGCAACGCAUCCAACCACAGCAAGUGGCUGCAAGACCCACAACCGUGCACAUCAAUGAUCCAGCCAGCCUAGUAGAAGCAUAUAAAGUACGGGCAUCCAGGCUUGUAGAAGCUGCAGCAAAGAACUUGCAAGGGGAGCUGAACCAUAGGGAGAGCAAGGAAGAUGCCUGGAACCGAACCUCUGUUGAUCUGGUGCGAGCUUCAGAGGCACACUGUCACUAUGUGGUGGUGAAGCUCUUCACAGCAAAGCUCUCGGAGAUAAGUGAUGCAGCUGUUCGUGCUGUCAUGACCAAUCUGUGUCUCCUGUAUGCUCUUCAUGGAAUCAGUAAGCACACGGGGGACUUCCUGCAGGCGGGCAUUUUGACAGAUGCACAGGUUACUCAGGUACAUCAGCAUGUGAAGGAUCUCCUGGCUAUAAUCCGCCCCAAUGCUGUAGCACUAGUCGAUUCCUUUGACUUUCAUGAUUCCCAUCUUGGAUCUGUGCUUGGACGCUACGAUGGCAACAUCUAUGAGAACAUGUUUGAGUGGGCAAAGAAAUCCCCCCUAAACAAAACUGAGGUUCAUGAGUCUUUCCACAAACACUUGAAGCCGAUGCAAGCCAAGCUGUGAAACCGGCCCCAUGUUUGAAAACUCACAGACUCUCCAAGUCUAGAAAUUGGAUGUCACUGCCCUUCCUUUCAGGCACCUGAAUUGAAUCUUUCCAAUUCUAAUAAGACAGAAAAUAAUUGUAACCAUCCAUUCUGCUUUUGGGGUUUUUUUUGUUUAAAUCAGUUGAAGAGAGUCAGUGGGAAGAUUUGCUUAGGAACUGGACGUUGGUUUGUUUGCUUUGUUUUAAAGUGCAAUUAUAAUCAUGGUAAGAAAUGAACCUUUUAAACAUUUGGGAAAGCAUUAGGGGCAUACAAGGCUUGCAUGAGUGAAGCUGCUAAGUGCAGGAGUUGCUGUCAUCAGGGAAAGGUAGCAGGAUUUUACUACUAAGUAGUUAACUAUGUUUAGGCAAUAGCAGCUGAGAUGCACAUAUGUCUUGUAUUUUUUUUUUGUCAUUGUUAUUGUUAAGAAAAACAACCCUUUUCAUUCUUGUUUUCAGUUUAGCACCAGCCUCUCUUGCCCUGGUGCCCUCAUACGUAAACACAAAAUUGAUGUUUAAAUUCUCUGGUUUCUUGCUCUUUGCAAGGAGACCUGGUCUGGAACCAGGCUUCAUUGGUUAAGAGAGUUCUUGGGCUUUUAUUGUAGCUCUGUGACACCUAACACUUCAAUCCCCACAUCAUGACUCAAGUCUGCCUGAGCACUACAUUCUCUGUCUGGCAGGAGUUCCCACCCUUCCUUCUCUGCAUCAAUUCUAGCCUCUUGCAGCAUCUCUGAAUUACCCCCUUAUGGAGCACUGCCUCAAUCAAACCUAUCCAGGAAGCUUUCUCUAGGAAAUUCCAUUAUUUCCUUCCUCCCCCUGCCUUUCCAACACCCCCGUCGCAUAUCCACUUGGCACCUCCAGUCUUUGAGGUUUCCAGUUGAUGGCUAAUCAAAAAGGAGAAUACAGUGAUACUUUUUUUUUUAACAGAAAAGUAAGGGCAGAUUUCAGCUGGGAGCAAUUUAUUGGGUGUUCCGCCAUCGUUUUAAUCUCUAGCAUUUUCAUAGCACUUAGCUGCAAAGCAUUUUACAAACACUAAUGUAAUAAUUUGUGGUGAAAAGUCACCAUUUGCUGGCGGAAUUUGCAAAAAUGACCUAUGACAAAGCCAAUAUUUGUGAACAAGAAUUGGUUGGGUUGGGUCUUGUUGCCCCAUUCAGCUUUAUCUGUAGUAUCCACAGUGGUGUUGCAUGCAAACAAAAACCUCUCUCAAGUGGAGUGCCUGCAGUUCUGCUUCCUUUCCCCACCCCGCCCCAUGUACUUCUGAUCUGUUUAAAAAUUGUCCAUUUUAUACUGAAUGAAACUUGCACAGUUGAUUUCUGUAUUAACAGAUUAAAGAUUUAGCUUUUAACAGAA